AUGGCGCUCUUCCACGUUGCGCGGUACGCGGGCCCGGAGACGGCCUCGUCGGAGGCCGAGGCCGAGGCCGAGGCGGACGGCCGGGCUCGCGCACUGCUGGAGCGGCUGCGAUGCCGGGCCCGAGAGCGGCAGCUGCAGAAGCAGCCGCCGCAGCAAGAACCCUCGGAGCCCGCGGAGGCCGCGCAGACCGCGCAGGCGGCGGGGAAGCGGCGACGGCGACCGCGCAGAACGCGGAGGCGCAAGAGCGGUGGGGCGCCGGGGAGCCCGCACGCAUCUCCCUGCAAGCGGCGGAAGGCGGACGACGAGGAUGAGGACGCGGGCGCAGGUAGGGCCUCGCGGGGCGGGGCCCUGGACUCGGGACCGCGUGGGGCUGACGCGCCGCCCCGCCCCCGCUUCUGCCGCGCAGAGAGCAGCGAGGAGGCGCCGGCGGGGAACAGCGUGGGCGCCGAAGCCGCGGGGUCGCCGGAGGGCCAGGGCGGACCGCCCCCCGAAGAGGCCUCUGGUCCCCCAGCCCAUGCCCUGGUGCUCGGGGGCUUCAGGAGGAGCAAGGCGCCAAAGGUGAGCGGCCCGGGGGAAAGGCUGCAGCGCUGGCGGGCUGACCCAAGCUGCAUUGGAAAGAGUGUCACCGAAGGCCUGGUGUCUAUUGAGGAUAUCCCGGAAGUCCACCCGGACCUGCAGAAGAGGCUGCGGGCUCAGGGCAUAUCGUCCUACUUUCCAGUGCAGGCAGCAGUGAUUCCCGCUGUCCUGGAGAGCGCAGCCAACGGGUUCCUGGUAAGCAGAGGCGGCUACCGGCCUAGCGAUCUCUGUGUGUCUGCCCCAACGGGCAGUGGGAAGACGCUGGCCUUCGUCAUCCCCGUGGUGCAGGCCCUGCUACGGCGAGCCGUGUGCCAGGUUCGGGCCCUGGUUGUGCUGCCGACCAAGGAGCUGGCCCAGCAGGUGAGCAAAGUGUUCAGCAUCUACACAGAUGCCACUCCUCUUCGGGUCGCCCUGGUCACCGGGCAGAAGUCACUGGCCAAGGAGCAGGAGAGUCUCGUGCAGGACACAGCAGACGGCUUCCGCUGCCUGGCAGACAUCGUGGUGGCCACCCCUGGCCGCCUGGUGGACCACGUCGAGCAGACCCCAGGAUUCAGCCUCCAGCAUCUCCGCUUCCUGGUCAUCGAUGAGGCCGACCGCGUGAUAGACAGCAUGCACCAGUCCUGGCUGCCGCGGGUGGUGGCCGCGGCCUUUCCCAGUGAGGGCACUAGGGAUCCCUUUGCUCUGCUCCGGAGAACGCAGCCCCGGGCUGUGACCGCAGCCAGCGUCUGCUGCCCCCAGAUGCCCCUGCAGAAACUACUCUUCUCAGCCACUCUGACCCAGAACCCCGAAAAGCUGCAGCAGCUUGGCCUCUACCGGCCCCGGCUCUUUUCCACGGGGUCGGUGCACGGGGGCCUCAGAGACUCCGACGUGGACGUGGCCGGGGACUUGGGCGGGAAGUACACCUUCCCUGCGGGGCUCACGCAUUGCUACGUGCCCUGCAGCGUCCGCCUCAAGCCGUUGGUCGUCCUGCACCUGAUCCUGGAGAUGAAUCUCUCAAAGGUUCUGUGUUUCACCAACUCCCGUGAGAACUCGCACAGGCUCUUCCUGCUGGUCCAGGCUUUCGGGGGCGCGCGCGCGGCCGACUUCUCCUCUCUCCACGGGCCUGGCGCUAGGAAGCUGAUCUUGAAGCGGUUUCGGCAGGGCGAGAUCCAGCUCCUCAUCAGCACGGACGCUACGGCCCGCGGCAUCGACGUGCAGGGCGUGCAGCUGGUGGUGAACUACGACGCCCCCCAGUACCUGCGGACCUACGUGCACCGGGUUGGAAGAACCGCCCGCGCCGGAAAAUCAGGACGGGCCUUCACGCUGCUCCUCGAGGUGCAGGAGAGGAGGUUUGUCCGGAUGCUCAGGGAAGGCGGGGUGCCCAGCCUGGAGCGGCAUGACGUCCCCAGUGAGCUGCUGCAGCCGCUGGUCCCACGGUACCAGGAGGCCCUGUCCCAGCUGGAGAGGGCCGUCAGGGAGGAGCAGAGGCAGAAGGCAGCCUAG